UAACUUGCCAUUUAAGUCAAAUAGUUUACUGACUAAAUUGAGAUUGUUUGAUUUCAAUUGAUAUAUAUAUACACACAUAUGACUUCUCUAGCAGGUGGUAAACUGACCCUCUGUCAGCAGACAAAGUUGUAGCAGAGAUGUGUGUGGUGCUUAUAUAAAAUGAUGAUUAUUCCAGAUUCAGUUAUUUCUGAAGUGAUUGAAUAAAAACCCAAAUGUGGCAGGUCGAGUUCUCUCGCUCUCCCAGCCUAAAGCCAGUGUGUGCCCUGAUUAUGACCCAAUCACAGCAGCCGAGCGUCACGCAGGGGCGGAGCCUGUGCGUGACGUGGUGGGCAGGUAAUUCUCUUUACAAUAUCAAGCAGUUAACCUCGGGUCACUCUUCUGCGCGAGCUCAGCGGCGAUUUCUUCUGAUUCUUCCGUCCAGUCUGUGCACUCAGCUCCUCUACACUCUGUCUUUAUUAAUCAGCUCAGUGCGGGAUCAGGUCCCCUCACAGCUCGCGCGCUGAGGAGACUGUCCGUCCGGCAGUGGCGAUGGCUGCGCGCGCUCUGACCUGCACUCUGACUCUGCUGGUGUGGGCAGGGGUCAGUUUAGGUCAGCUGGUUUUACCCAGCAGACAGAAUGGAGCGGUUGGUGGGAACGUGGAGUUUAAGCCGAUCAGUUCUCCUGCUGAUACAUAUCAAGUGAUCACCUGGAGGUUUGGUGAAAACAUCGUGAUUAGAUCAAUCAGUGGAGCAGUUUCAAUACCACGACCUGAAUACAGAGGCCGAGUCAGUCUGGACAUUAACACUCUGGCUCUGGAGCUCAGGAAUCUGACCAUGGGAGAUACUGGAGUGUAUACUCUGAUUGCUGAUACAGCUGCAAGCAGCUACACAGCAGAAACUACGCUGAAAGUGUUUGAGCCGGUCUCCAAUGUUACCAUAACACCAGGUGAGACAGAGCUGAUUGAGUUCAACAGCACUGUCAGACUCACUUGCUCCGCCUCUGGCUCAAACCUCUCAUUCUCAUGGCUAAAUAUAAGCUCUGAGGUGACUGUUGGGGGACGAGUUCAGCUGACCAAUGGGAACAGAACUCUGACCAUUACCAGUGUAAGCAGAGAUGACACAGGACCGUACAUAUGUGAGGCAUCCAACGCUGUCAGCAACAAAACAAGUGACCCUUUAACUCUCACCAUUUACUAUGGUCCAGACCAUGUUUCUGUUAAAACAGAAUCUUUGGAAACCAUCUACAGCUCUGGGUCUGACCUCACACUAACCUGCUCAGCUGAGUCCAGCCCUGCUGCUGAGUUUCAGUGGGCUUUGAAUGGAACAAUGCUGAGUGUAGAGGGUCCAGAGCUCAACCUUACCAACAUUGAGACCAAUCAGAGUGGCAACUACACCUGCACAGCCCAUAACACCAAGACCCUGAGAUACUCCACAUCUGAACCCAUCCACAUCACUGUAAUGGUAAACGUAUCUGGAGCUACCAUCACUGGUCCAACAGGUCUCGUAAUAGAAGGCAACUCUGCUAAUUUAUCCUGUGAUGCGAGUGGGACUAUCGUCACUACAGAAUGGAUGAAGAAUAAUCAGAAGCUGUCUCCUAGCAACAACAUCAUAUUCUCAGCUGAUAACAGAUCAGUGUCGAUCAGUGCGGUGGGCAGAAUGGACAGUGGUGAAUACCGAUGCACUCUCAGCAACCCUGUGAGCUCUGAUAGUGACGUGUUCACCAUGACUGUUAACUACGGACCUGAUAAUGUGAGAAUUGAGGGGCCCAGUGAAGUGGAGGAGAGAGGAUCUGUGAUGUUACUGUGCUCUGCUGAAUCUGUACCAGAUCCCAGAUACGCAUGGACGUUUAACGGAACAAAUACUGGAGUGACUACAGACUCACUCACAAUGGAUCAGGUCACUUUCUCUAACAGUGGAACUUACACCUGCACCGCCUGGAAUAAUGUCACCAGACGUGAAACCUCAGCAUCCCAUUCUUUGGUAGUAAGAGAAAUAGGGAGUCUGAGUGGAGGGGUAGGUUCGCUGUCUGCUGGAGCUAUAGCUGGGAUCGUAAUUGGAGUUUUACUAGGAGUCGCUCUUGUGGCUGGUUUGAUUGUCUACUUUACAAAAUUUGCAGGAAGGCCAAAAUCAAGCUCAAGAGGAGUAAAGCAGAAUGGAGCAACACAGAAUGGAGGCGAACAUGAGCUAAACUAUGCAGACAUCCGGCACUUUCAGAAUAAUCAGAGUGUACUGAAUAUGGGGGGAACCAGCACACAGACACGGCAAGGAACGCCGGCCAUGGUGAGGGCUCAUCGGGGGGCUAAUCAAGGAGCAAAGCCCGAGGCAGAAGUCACCUAUUCUGAGGUGAGGAAGUGAUUUUCAUUAGAAAUGGACCAAAGUGAACUGAGCAGUGUACCAGACAGCUGAGGAUUUAAGCAAACGGGAAGCAACAGGAGAGUCCAAGACUCUGAAGUGUCUGAUUGUUACUGCAUUCUUCAGGAAGGAAACCCUCAGCGAUGGAUCUGAGCACUGAGCUUAAUAUCAGACGCAGAUACUUGUGCAUGUCCACUUUUUGCCUUAAUUCAGUUGUGCUAUCAUCUCAUUUUUUGAGGCCCUCAAAUGAGGAACGGCCGUUAGCUGUGUCCGAUAUCGAGGAGAGACGCAUUGCAAGGAUGUUGUAGAUUAGAAUUCUUGCGCUGCUUAGCUGCUUCAUCUGCCUGAUGAUAUAAGAAAGACAAAGAGCAGCAGGAAGGUUGAUGAUUAAUUUUACCUUUGGACUUUUGCCUGGCAUUUUCUCAGGGAACCGAAACCGAGAAGUUGGAAUAAUAAAUAUAAUUUGGUUGUAUGUAAAUGAGCUUUUUGAAAUGGUUAUGACAGUUCUUUGUUCUUCUUUAUUUUUUUGUAAGCUUGUGUGUGUGUGUGUGUGUGUGUGUGUGUGUGUGUGCAUCUUUUUUUUUGGAAAUGUAUUAUUUUAAGCAGAAUAUCUACAUUUUGGGGGAUUAUUUUGAUUGUUUAAAUGCUGCUAUGUAUUGUGUGCAAUCGAUCAUAUUGCAUUUUAGACCUUAUUAUAUAAAAGUCAAUUUGAUUUGUUUUAUUUCCAGUCAAAACAGCCGUUAAGUACAAAUGAAUCGAUUUUCAGCGCUAACAAAACAGAACGAAUAUUGUUGCUUUCCAAUGAAAACCAUGCAUCUCAAUUUUUGUCCAUUUUCAUUUUUCUUCAUCAUUUCAACACAUCUGCAGUGCUUUACUUUGUCUGAAAAUGUCAUGAUGAAAGGACCAAUAGAAAUGCUCCAAAAUCACCUGAAAUAAAAUCACUUUACAUUGACUUCUAUUAAAAGGUACGAGUAUUUUUGCCUUCUCCUGUAAAGUUAUUAUUAGUAAAGUUAUUAUUUGAGAUAUAUUGCAGUUUUACCUUGGACAGCGAUGAUAUAUGUAACAGAAAAUGACACAAGAGCCUCGACAACAAGCUAAAAUAUCAGAUGUUUCAGUGUUGAGUGUGUCCACUCUUGACCUUUAUUCCAACUUCCAUUCUUUUCAGGAGAUUCACUUUGAGUUUCUCAGAAGAAAUCUGUAGAUUAAGUUCAGUCUUAGAAUUUUCUGCUCACAGUCCAACUAAUCCCAAUUACAAAUUACUCACCAGUCCUUUAAACCCUCCACAUCUCAAAUGUCUAUAUUAGUAUACUUCUUUUCACCCAAAUAUAAGUGAGUUUGCUCUCAGUUUACUUUUUAUGUACUUAUCAAAAAUACAAUACACAAAAUUAUAUGUAAGUGUACUUGGCUCAUACUUAUUCAUAAACUUGUAUAUACUUGUGGCCUGUACCUGUAGUUAUAUGUCUAUAAUAUAAAUAUAAAAUAUAUACUAUAAUAUAUACUUUCAUAAAGUAAAAAGUUGGCUAGAAGUAAAUAACUAGUACUUAUAAGUUCACUUAUGUCUUCAUUUUUGUCGUUUUUUGAGGUUUUGCUAUUAUUUGAAAAUGCCAGUUCUCCUUUAUGUUGUGUGUAAAUUUCAUGAUGCAUGGACCAAAAGAAUGGCCCAAAAAGACCUGGAAAAAAAUUCUGGUUCCAUUGAAUUACAUUAAAAGUAUAGAAUGUUUUUUCCUUCUCCUAUAAAGGUACCAUUUUGGAGAUAUGAGGUUUUGUUCCAACAAGAAGCGUUAAAGUAUUUCACAGUAUCGUUGAAGUACAAAAUAAAAAAUUUCUCAAAGUUUACUACUUUUACACCAAAAGAAUACUUAAAAAUAUACUUUUAAAAACUAGAAAACCAAUUUAGUCUCAAAAAGUAUUGAAAUAGUACACUUAGAAGUAUACUACUAGAACAUAGAAGUAUACUUACUUAUACUUAAAUUAUAUGUGGGAAAUAAACUUAAGUUUACUUAUUAAAAUCAACUUUAAAGUAUACUUUUUAAUUGUCGUUUCAGUGUGUCUGUCUCUUUUUCACCACUGAUGUCAGUUUUGUCUCCCGGGUGGUUGUUAGUAAUCUCAUUGUCUGUCUUUCGCCAUCAACCGCUGCAGUGAAAUAAACCAGAUGUUGAUUCUUUGGAAGCCACAACCACUUUGACAACAACAGACACUGCUAAAGCUCGCUUUGGAUAAUCCCCAUUUUAAUAAAUAAUGUUAAAACAUAUCACUGUCGGAACAAAACCUUGUAUCUCCAAAACAGUAACUGUAAAGGAUGUUAAUGCAACAAGAUUGUUUUCCAGGUAAUUUUGGUCUGAGGUUACAAAUUAUGCAAAAAAGUCAACAGCAAAAAUUUAGAAUCUUAUUGUUUCUGUAACUUUAGCUGUUUUGGAAACUCAUUUUCCUUUGAUGUCCUCUUUCCUUACAUGAGUGGAUUAUCUAAUCUAAUCUCCUCAGAAAUAUUUCCUGAAUAACUUGUACUUUAAUGGCUGUUUGACAGGAAAGGAAAUAAAAGUGACUUUUGUACAGCACUGUACUGACAUGAAAUCAGAACAUGAAUGUGAUAGAUUGUAUCAGAAAGUUAUAAAUGGUUAAGUUAAGGUAGUUAGUAGUUGUAGAUUUUCUUACAGCUUCAUUCUUUUGUAAUUCAAAUGAUUUGCCACAGCUCAUUACAGCUCUUUCUGAGAUUAUAUUAUACAUAAAUAUUAUACUGCUUAUUUCUAACAUGAUUUUGGCAGUGUUACUAUCUGUAAGUGAGACUAUUUUGAUACUUUAUUUAUGAUAUAACUUUUAACAAAUGCGCUAAAGUAAUUCAGAUUCAAUAUAGGGUAAUAAGGAGGAACACUCCAACAUUUACAGUAUUGUACUGUACUGUACUGUAAUUUUACAGAAAUAGCACUGUUGUGUAAUUGUUUUGUCAAUUGAACAUUUGGCAUUAACAAAGUUGGAAAACAUCCAGUAAAUAAAGUCAUUUUCAAAAUA